UCAUUUCCUUCAAAAGUUGUACCUAGUUUUCUAUUUAUUUAGUGUACCAGUUAGUGAAAUAUGGAAGAAAGGUCUUCAACUGAGGAGUCCUGUCCCGAAAAGCAGGCAGCCAUCUGUCCCGUGGCCGAUUGCCAGGCUGUGGUGAAGCACACCCAUUUGCUGCGCCACAUGAUCAGCGAGCACUUGGACCCGCGGCCGCGAACUUUGCCCUUUCAACUGCGCCUGCGCGAAGUGACCAGUGGCCAGCGCACCCUGCUGAUGCUCACCUAUCGCCAGCUGAUCGUCGAUCAUGACCAAUGUCUGGCCGUGCUAAACUGGAGUGCCGAUUCGCCCUUUGACCUGAUGGAACCACAGUUGGAUCUGCCGCCCUGCCACCAAGGUUUGACCUACCAUCUGCCCAUUCUGGUGAUGGUUUGCCGAACCACCUGGAAGGCUCUGCUGAAGCAGGAGGACGAAAAGGUGACCCCGAAUUCCAGAGACUUAACCUCGGAAUGGGGCACUGUCUAUCUAUUGUGGCUCGUCUCACCCUACACAAGACGAGCUAUCUAUGCCAAUCUGGCUGUUUUGAAUAGCCAGCUACAGGGCAUUGUGCGAAGGAAUCGCCGACGGAUUCAGAACUUUGCCAGCCGGAUGCCCAUCAGCCGCUUUAUCAACGGACUGGAUCCCUUCUUCGUCAGCCUCAACGAGGAUCAGCUGGACGAGCUGUGCGAUGGCGACGGCGAUCACUCAUCGGUGUUCCUGGAGGUCACCAUCGAGGGGGAGGGGCAGUAAAAAUCACUUCUUUAAAUUAAAAAACAUAUAUUUCAAUAUUAGAAAAUUUCCAUAGACAUUUAAUACUAAAUUUUAAGUUUAAAUGAGUCU